GUGACUAUAGCUGCUGUUAACAUGGGAAGAUAUUUUGCCGGAUUUUAGCUUGGUAACGUGCUCAGCUACUCUCAAGAUCUAAACACAUGGAACAACUUUACAACCAGCCUUAAUUUUCACGGUCAAAACGCUGAUUUUUUUUUGACCCGCACAGCACACGUAGGGAGGCUGAUAUUCAUCCCUUAUCUUCCCAGGGAUCCCUCAGCCUGCCCUGAUGAAGCCCAAGCAAGACGGAGACCUCCUGGAAGAGGACUCCCCUCAGGAGAAUGGAGUCCACACAAACCAGUACAGCUCCAUCUCCCCUCCUGCUUCACCUGUGGCCCAGGAUGAACCCUUCUCCACAUACUUUGAAGAGAGGGUGCCCAUUCCAGACAGUGAAAACCAGUUGUUCAGUUUCCGUAAGCUCUGGGCUUUCACUGGACCGGGGUUUUUGAUGAGCAUUGCUUAUCUGGAUCCGGGGAACAUCGAAUCAGACCUGCAGUCUGGAGCUGCAGCUGGCUUUAAGCUCCUAUGGGUUCUCCUUGUAUCCACUAUCAUCGGGCUGCUGUUGCAGAGGCUGGCUGCUCGCCUCGGGGUGGUCACAGGGAUGCACCUGGCUGAAGUCUGCAACCGCCAGUAUUCCACCGUUCCUCGAAUCAUCCUCUGGCUGAUGGUGGAACUGGCCAUUAUUGGCUCAGACAUGCAGGAGGUCAUUGGCUGUGCCAUAGCUCUCAACCUCCUUUCUGUGGGCAGGAUCCCACUGUGGGGAGGAGUUCUCAUCACCAUCACAGACACAUUCGUGUUCCUCUUUUUAGACAAAUAUGGACUGAGGAAACUUGAAGCUUUCUUUGGCUUUCUGAUCACUAUAAUGGCUCUUAGUUUUGGUUAUGAGUAUGUGCUGGUAAAACCGGACCAGGGGGAGUUGCUGAAGGGUAUGUUUGUACCCUACUGUGCCGGCUGUGGGCCUGUGCAGCUGGAGCAGGCAGUGGGAAUUGUAGGUGCUGUCAUCAUGCCCCACAACAUCUACUUGCAUUCAGCCUUGGUCAAGUCUCGGGAAGUCGACCGCAAAAAUAAAAAGGAAGUCAAGGAAGCCAACAAGUACUUCUUCAUUGAGUCGGCUAUCGCCCUCUUUGUCUCCUUCCUCAUCAAUGUGUUUGUCGUCGCAGUCUUUGCUCAGGCCUUCUACAGUAAAUCCAACAUGGACGUGAAUGCAAUGUGCAAUAAAACUGGCAGCCCUCACACAGAUCUCUUCCCUCUUAACAACAACACACUCGAAGUGGACAUUUACAAAGGGGGGAUCGUCCUGGGGUGUUUCUUUGGACCAGCAGCUCUCUACAUCUGGGCUAUCGGUAUUCUGGCAGCUGGACAGAGCUCCACCAUGACGGGCACGUACUCUGGACAGUUUGUGAUGGAGGGUUUCCUGAACCUGCGGUGGUCUCGUUUUGCACGGGUGCUGCUGACCCGCUCCAUCGCCAUCACGCCUACACUGCUGGUCGCCAUUUUCCAGGAUGUUCACCAUUUGACUGGGAUGAAUGACUUUCUGAAUGUGCUGCAGAGCCUGCAGCUUCCAUUUGCUUUGAUCCCAAUUCUGACCUUCACAAGUCUGAAAUCCAUAAUGAACGACUUUGCUAACGGAUUGGGGUGGAAGAUUUCGGGAGGUAUCCUCAUCCUGGGCGUUUGUGCAAUCAACAUAUAUUUUGUGAUUGUUUAUGUGACGGCGCUGAACAGCGUGGUGCUCUAUGUUUUAGCUGCUCUCCUCUCUGUAGCCUAUCUGGCCUUUGUGGCAUACCUGGCUUGGCACUGUCUGGUUGCCCUGGGCGUCUCCUGCCUGGACUGUUGUAGCAGGGUAAGCAAUCGACCCGCUGUGCUCAUAGAGGAGCAGUCAGAGUACGACUCCUAAAGCUGAACACGACUGUAACCAACAGCAUGUCUCUUUACUCUGGGCGCCCCGUACACAGCCGGGACUCUUUAGGAUCUUGAAAGCACGUUUGACUUUUAUUUUUUAAAGGGCUGGAUAUCUUGUUUUUUUUAAGAUAUCUGUCUGGGAGCCUUUUUUUAGGCUCUCAGACAUUCAUAUGACACCAGCACAGGAUGUUAUCUUCCAGCAUUUGAUGCUUCAGCCAAGUAGAAAUGUGAUGAUUUUUAAACUCUAAUUUAACCUAUGAUUUGUCCUGCUCUUAAUCACCCUAAUCCUCCCAGUGUGAAGCCACACUGCACAUUUUAUGAUUCCCACUCAGUCUACCUGAAUAUCCUUUAUUUUAUUUUUUUAAUCUCAGAGUCAGCUCUCUUCAAGUGUGACUCAUUAGCUUAAAAAACAAGUCUAAUACUGCUAGAUAAUGUCUAAAAAUAAUAUUAUGACACAUGAGAGUCAAAUGUCCAAUAGAUAUCCAGCCCUUAUAUUACAGGGUUUUUUUUUGUUUUCAGCAUUCUUGUCUAGCAUAUCGAAGAAUUUACAGUGGCAUUUUUGAGCAUCAUGCACAUCUUUCACUUGUUGCUUCUUGUGUUUGGAGUCCUAGCUUAGAGUGGACGUGUAGUUAAUGCACAAGUCUGUAAAAAUACAUUUUAAAUCAGAGCCAGAAAACAGAAAAACUGACUUGAAUGGAGGAAAGUCUGAAAGUCACCUUAUCAUUUCCAAAAUUGGUGUGUGUCUGGCCCCUGAAAGCUGUUUUAAUAAUGUUUUUAAUGCACAAAUGAUCCAUGAAAUUAAUUCUUGAGAGCACAUUAGUGACACAGGCAAGCAGGUGAAGCUUUGUGUGACUGCAGCAUCAUCCCCCGAGCCUCUGUUAGCGCCUCUGUAGUUUAUGAUGCCAGAGACUCAGGUUGAAGUGAGCCCGUCAGUGAAAUCAUACUUGUGUUUUUAGCAGUGUGCAGGAGCGUCCUUUGCUUUCAAGCCUUUAUUGCAUGUGCAAAAAUAAUGAUUUUGUGCAUUCUUUUUAUUUUUGUUUGUUUUCUGCGAUACCAAGUUAACCUCAAUACUAUAUUUGUUUUGUUUUUUUUUUUUACUUCAGGUAUACAAUAGUAAGAUGUGUAUAACUGAUGGGGAAGGUGGAUUUAUGUGCAUGUGCUCUAGUACAACACUGUAAUCAUUUAAAGUUGUUAGGACUGUGUUUGAGUAGCAGCCAUGACAAAGGAUGUUGUGUUUAUGUAUUAAAAUCCAUAACCACAAGUUUGUGUGUGCGGUACAGUGUGUAGAGCACACAAGUUUAGAAAUCUCACAGCUCAUAUUAAAAUGCAGAUUCACUCAUGUGUAUACAUUAUACAGUUUCCCAAGCUAAUGACUCCACUCUGAGACCUCCUAAUGUUUUACUGUGAAGUUAAGUAGUCACAUGAUAGCGUGAUUAUCAAGUGGGGAAUAAAAUAGUUUGUUUUUGUUGCCUUAUUUAUUUUCUGUCCUGGCUUUGUUAGUCAGACCAGUUUGCAGGACAGUUGUAUACCCUGUUUUUAUAGAAAAACAACAGACACAUUUUUUAAUAAAGCAAUAAAAGAUUAUUCAUGUGAGGAAAGGUGGAUUUAAUUUUUUUUUAUAAUUGUUUAUGUUUCGGCUGUCACCAUUUGUCAGUUCAGUUUCAGCUGUGACUGAUGUUAGCCUUCACACAGCCCUCACUCAGCUGCUCUUUGUCCCGGUAGCAUGCUCAAUAUCAGUAAAGUGACGAUGAUUAGACUGUGAAUGAGUUUUAGCAGCCAACACUGACAAGCCUCUUCUUCCAGUUUUACAACAAAGAAGAUUAAAAUUGCUGUGACAUUGCACAAUAUAAUAAACUGUAUUAAAGCUCCUGACUUGGCAAUAUCCAAGUAGCAUGUACAUACUGACCAAUAAGAUGAGAGUACGAUGAGCUGUGUGGGGCACUGUAAACACAGUAAAGGCCUCGAGUUUUUUUCAGAUGUUUUUGUGUUAAAAUUCUCUCUCUGGCGUGGUGGUUCAAUAUUUCUGCUCUUGUAUAAAGUUCUCAAAAGCUUUUCUAAGAUUUCUAAAGCUGUUCUUAGACGUGAUAGAAAUAUAUGUUUCAGGUGAACGUGAGUUUGUCUUAUAUAAAUAACUUCUCUGGCAAUAAAACAAACAUGACAGACGAACAUUUGAACUGUUACAGAGAAAACUGUGUCUACUCUCAAAUUAUAUCAUGUGGUUCUCUGGUCAUUUCUGUUUUCUUCCCUCUUUUGGAGGUUGAAUGAAAAGCUGUUAUUUUUCUGCUGCUGGAUGAAGCCGCUGUGUCUCCGAAAUAAAUUCACAUUAUGGAUAUAA